CCUGUCUAGCCUCAUCCACCUCAUCAUGCCUCAAUCCCUACCUCGGCAUGAUCAAGACUUCCGGUAUCGACCUAGCAUCUCGCAGGUUCUAUGACCAUUCGACAAUGCCUUCCGAAUAGGUAAUCAACUCUCCGGAUUAUCAUAAACGACAAGUCGCCCACUUUCCCCGCCCAGAUCCAUUUCCUUCACCUUCCAUCCGUCCUGCACACCAUGGGUUACACCGCGAAGGCAACCAUCCCUCUCAUCCCUCUCGCAAGGGACUCGGUCCUCCUGCCUGGAGUUACCCUCCGGAUCUCUGUGUCGAAUCGAGCCGAUAUACCUCUCCUCCUCUCAUCUGCAUUCCAACGAGCCACCAGAUCAAGGGGCGGGACUGCGUCACUUCCUAUCGGCUGCGUUCCUAUUAACUCGCCUUACCUGAGCGCCGAUGGCAGAGAGCUGCUGGAUAGUUCAGAGAAAGAGAGCAGCAGCCACAUUGAACAUGAAGUCGACCCUGGCAGUGCAGCCAAGAAAGACUUGUUCAAGUAUGGAACUCUGGCAAAGAUCAUUGGAGUACAAGGAACCUCCAACGCCGACCCAUACCUCGUAGUUGAAGGAGUUCAGAGGUUCAGAAUAGACAGGAUUAGGCACGAGAAGCCCAACUUCGAAGCUGAAGUCACCUUCUACGAGGACGAAGUUCCCGACCUCAAUGACGGAGACCUCCGCGCCAGCUUCACGCGGCUGAAGCAGCGAUCCCGCGAGCUGCUCACUCUGCUUCGCCUCUCGUCUCUUUUCCGACCAGCCUCUCUGGUUCUCUCCCCACUGAUUGUCCGCCGCUUCGAAUUAUUCAUCGCAAAGAAAGAUCUUUCACAAGCUGGACAAUUGGCGGAUUUUAUGACAGACAUUGUGGAAGCAAGCUAUGAAGAGAAGCUUCGUAUCUUGAGUACACUGAAUCUCCACGAGAGAUUGGAGCGCGUCCUUGCCCUGCUUAACAAGCAGAUUGCAGGCAUCAAUGGGAACAUCAAGAUCACCUCAAUAACGUCAACCUCUCUCCCGUCGAACAUAGGCGUGGACAUAUCCGACCUCAACCAGAGCCAGCGUGAAGCGUUAGCAAAAAGGGCUAUGUCCGGCCUGAAUGGUAUGCCCCCUUUCGGCAUGCCUGGGGCACGAGGUGGCGGGGAUGACGAGGCCAACGAGGUCAACGAAGUGGAGGAACUAAAGAAGAAGGUGGCAGAGGCGGGUCUGUCGCCUGAAGCCCAAAAGGUCGCCGAGCGCGAAUUGAAGCGUCUUAAGAAGAUGAACCCCGCCAAUGCAGAGUAUGGCGUUAUCCGGACCUACGUGGAGAACUUGGUCGAGAUUCCAUGGACAAAAGUCACAGACGAGCACUUGGGCGCCGACACUCUGGCUCGCGCUCGCAAACAGCUCGAUGACGACCACUACGGUCUCGAAAAAAUCAAGAAGAGAUUGCUGGAAUAUUUGGCUGUCCUGAAGCUCAAGCAAUCUGUCAACGCUGAUGUUGACCAACAAAUAGCACGACUCACCAAGCAACUUACUCCCUCUCAAGAAGGUGAAGAACGCGAAGUCGAGCAGAUUCCAGACACGGAGAAAGAUGCUGCUACGGCUAAGUUACAUGUACUCAAGUCAAAGAGAAUGGUUGACAAGUCACCAAUUCUUCUUCUCGUUGGCCCGCCCGGGACUGGCAAAACGUCACUCGCAAAGUCAAUUGCGCUGUCUCUGGGUCGCAAGUUCCACAGAAUCUCCCUUGGUGGUGUACGGGACGAGGCAGAGAUCAGAGGCCACAGACGAACCUACGUUGCCGCCAUGCCUGGUCUAAUUGUCAGUGGCUUGAAGAAAGUUGGGGUUGCAAACCCCGUUUUCCUGCUUGACGAGAUCGACAAAGUCAGCACGAAUAACUUCCACGGAGACCCAUCAGCUGCCAUGCUCGAAGUUCUCGACCCAGAGCAGAACCACAGCUUCAAUGAUCACUAUGUUAAUAUCCCCAUCGACCUCAGCAAGGUCCUCUUCAUUGCCACCGCCAAUUCUCUGGACACGAUUCCUGCACCACUUCUCGACCGUAUGGAAACCAUUCAACUCUCGGGCUACACCACGAUCGAGAAACGCCAUAUAGCCAAGCAGCAUCUCAUCCCCAAGCAAAUCCGCACAAACGGACUAUCAGAGGGAGAAGUCGUCCUUCCCGACAAUGUGGUCGACACCAUCAUCACCUCUUACACACGUGAGUCUGGCGUGCGCAAUCUCGAACGUGAAAUAGGCUCGGUGUGCCGGUACAAGGCCGUGCAAUACGCUGACGCCCGCGACGCGGGCGACAUGAACAAGUACAACCCGACCGUGACUGUAGACGAGCUCGAAGAGAUUUUGGGAAUCGAACGGUUCGAGGAAGAGAUCGCGGAGAAGACCUCACGCCCCGGCGUCGUCACGGGCCUCGUGGCGUAUUCGUCCGGUGGCCAGGGGAGCAUUCUGUUCAUCGAGGUCGCCGAUAUGCCGGGCAAAGGCCGCGUCCAACUCACCGGCAAAUUGGGCGACGUCCUAAAGGAGUCCGUCGAGGUUGCGCUCACGUGGGUCAAAGCGCAUAGUUACGAUCUCGGCCUGACGCACGAUCCACACGAGGAUAUCAUGGAGAAGCGUGCUAUUCACGUACACUGUCCGGCGGGUGCGGUUCCAAAGGACGGGCCCAGUGCCGGGUUAGCGCACACGAUUGCACUCAUCUCGCUGUUCAGCGGGAAGAGUGUGCCGCCGCAGAUCGCGAUGACGGGCGAAGUCAGCCUCAGAGGACGUGUCAUGCCAGUCGGUGGGAUCAAGGAAAAGCUGAUAGGGGCCCAUCGCGCCGGUGUCAAGACGGUGCUUUUGCCCGCGCAUAACCGCAAGGAUGUCAAGGAUGUGCCGGACGAGGUCAAGCGGGAGAUGGACAUUGUUUAUGUCAAGCACGUCUAUGAAGCAUUGCGGCAUAUUUGGCCAGACUCGCAAUGGGCGUCGGAUAGCCACUUUGCGGAGGUCGAGAGUAGGUUGUAGUGUAAGCGAUACGUGGCAGAGGGCGGCGAUGUGAGGAAUAGGGUGUUAGCGAGCGUCCUUUUUGGCCUCAUCUUGGGUAUAAUCGUAUCAUAUUCUGCUUCGCUUAGCUUUGCUGCCCUAUUAAGAGUCCAUGCCGCUUCUUGCAUUCAUUUGGUCAGGAGGGAUUUGGGGAGCUUUAUAUGGUUUAAUCAUCUUUCUCCC